CAGACCGAGUAGGCUUCUGCAAAGCUCUCACUCGCCUGGUCCGUGGAGUUUUACCUAAAAAAUCUGUUUUAUACCGUGGAAUAGUGUAAAGAAAGGGCUAUAAACAAAAUGUUUCCAACGGAUUUGGUUUGUUUGCACCUAUUUUUUACGCAAGACCUGCUGUUGUAAACGCUGACGGCUGUUCCUGUAGCUGCUCAAACCCCAGCUGAACUUUUUGUAGUGUUAUUGGGGUUUUUUUUGUAUGAUUCAUUGACUGAGUCGUUGUCGGGAAUCAGAAAAUCACUUGGAGUGAAUUUUUCGAUGACGAAUGUGUAGUGUGUCCAGUGCGCUCUCGUUCUUCUCUGCGCCGGGCAUCUCACAUGGGGCAACACAGAGGGACCUCCUGGGCCACUGAGACAUGACUGCAGGCUUAAAAUCUUAGACAGACAACUGGGUGAACGUCAGCAGAGACUAUGGAAACCAAUUGCUAUAAUGACCACACAAAGAGCAAGUACUCUCAGUACUACAACUCAACCCUCAUCAGAGUGCACUAUAUCUGUGCCAAGAAUUUGAGUGAGCAGAACUUAAGAGAUCGUUUAAAAACGAAAGACGGGUUCAGCUUCCUCAACAUCGUUUUCAUUAUCAUCUGCAGCAUCAUAAUUCUGGAAAACCUCCUAGUGCUCAUUGCUGUUUUCCGAAACAAAAAGUUUCACUCAGCCAUGUUCUUCUUCAUUGGGAAUCUAGCGUUCUCGGAUCUGUUGGCCGGCUCGGCUUACGUCGCCAAUAUAUUUCUAUCAGGCCCAAAGACUUUUCAGCUAAUGCCUGUGCAGUGGUUCAUAAGAGAAGGGACUGUUUUUAUUGCAUUGUCUGCAUCGGUGUUCAGUCUGCUCGCUAUUGCUAUAGAGCGAUACAUUGCCAUAACUAAAGUCAAGGUUUACGGCUCCAAUAAGACCUGCCGCAUGUUCCUGCUUAUAGGAGCAUGCUGGGUCACCUCGAUCCUGCUUGGAGGACUUCCCAUUUUAGGUUGGAACUGCAUCAACAAUCUGAGCGAGUGCUCGGCUGUCCUGCCUCUCAACUCUAGCCGAUACAUCUGCUUUGUGGUGACCAUCUUCAGUGUCAUCUUGCUCUCCAUCGUGAUCCUAUAUGUCCGUAUCUACCUUAUCGUCCGUUCUAGCCACCAGGAAACCACUAACACGGCUUCCUAUGCCCUGCUCAAGACUGUCACUAUCGUCCUGGGCGUGUUUAUUGUGUGCUGGCUGCCGGCCUUCAGCAUCCUGCUCCUUGAUACCUCGUGCCAGAUGUCCUCCUGCCCCAUCCUCAACAACGCUGACAUUUUUUUUGGGAUUGCCACCUUGAACUCUGCACUGAACCCGCUGAUCUACACGCUGCGCAGUAAGGACAUGCGGCGAGAGUUCCUACGCGUGCUGUGUUGCUGGGGGCUCCUCCAGAGUGGCCGACCUGCAGAACGCUGCUUAAUGCAGCUCAAGAGCUCAAGCUCAAUGGACCACUGCACCAGCAAACAUGAACAUCAGACCACUCCCAUCAUGCAGGACUGCACAACCUGUGUUUGAGCUUUAUCGAUGCUGCAUCGGUAUAGGUUUGUGUGGGUUUAGCUCUGGAAGGACGUUGAGGUAUUUGUGUUUGCAGAUUUGGCACGCAAGCUAAAUGCACCCGUAAAACUCAUUCUGCCAUAGCUGAAUUGUGCAAACAAGUGGUGACAAAGGUUUUGCGUGUGAGUUUUUAUAAAGCACUCAGACCUGUGUGAAUUUUUAACCACUUUUUAUUGACUCUUAAGAGCUAAAAUCAAGUAUUGGAAUUGUGGUAUGGACACAGUUCAUGUACUUUUUCUGUUUAGUUAUUUUUUUUCUCAAAGAUUUAUGAUUUCCACUGAAUGAUUUUUUACUUGUUUUGAUACCGUUAUUACUCACCAUGUCAUAUUUAGUUGACUGGCAGUGACCAAAAAAAAGUUUUUGAUUUUUUUAUCAAAGUCUAAGAUAAUGCACUUUCAAGCAUAUCUGUGAUUGUAUUUGUUACUGACUUGUGAGUCAUUCAAACUAACAAAGGCAAUGUUGCAUGAACGUAGAAAGCUGAGUCUCGGCUUGACUUAGGACACCUGAUUCACAAAGAAAAGGGAGGUACUGAAUAGUUACACUCCAUAGUGCACUCCUCAUGAGCCAUGGAUGCAAAACCAUGUUAUGUAUUCCAUUAUAUUCCCUUUAAUUAACUACAAUAAAAACAGCGUACUACAUUUCAUUAUAUUGCAUGGCAAAACCUGUGUACAAACUAAUCUAUGGUGUAUUCAUGUACAAUUUCAUCAUUAACCUUUUUUCUCUCAGCCUCUCUGGCCUUUGCUUCUGUUUGUCUCUGUACUUGUGUGUGUACAUGUGUGUGUACUGUAUGUGUGUAUAUGUGAUUUUUUUUUUUUAACGAUUAAGUGUUUCUUUUAUGGAAGUCACAAACAGAAAGUACAUUUCCUUAAGCGAAAUGGCACAGACAUGUUUCACCCAGCCUGCAGUAAUCUCUUGGACUUGUCUUGACAAUGUUGUAGCGUCGCUGCAGCAGCGUGUGCUUUCUGUUUUUGUGCUCUCCUGAAACUGAAUGUAUGCAUGAAGUGUUUGGAGCAAAAUGCUUCUCCUUGUGACAGUAUUACCGAACACUGAUUGUUUUCGUCUUGUUGAGUAUUGAGCUGUCUGAGACAAUAAAGAGGAAUAGGGUCGCUGUGAAGCCUUGAAAGUGAUCAACACAUGUUAACUCUCUGAUGAUACACAAUGGGUUGUGGAGACGGAAAUUCGUGACGUUGGGAUAAAAUUUAAUAAACAGGCAACCACUUUUUUAUUGUUGUUUUGUGUCUUGGCCUCUAAACGCACACACUUCUGGCAGAUGAGGGGGAGGAGGCUGCGCUCUUAUGUCAAAGGUCAGAGGCUAAUAACUCUGCCUGAAUCCACACUUCCUGCAUUGACAGGAAGUUCAGUGUUUCCUAUGGUACUUCCUGUUGUUCAGGACUGACCUCAUCUUUCAUUAUUAUUCUUACAUACCACUCAAGCAAACAAACACAACAAUUUGAUCCCAAAAUGUCUUGCUGUCUUUUCCUUUGUUGAUAAUCAGAGAAAGCACUUUGGCAGCUCUUCCAAAAUCAUUAAAAAAUUAUUUUUGCCUUUUUAUUUUGCUUUUUUUUUAUAUGAAGACUGUUCAAGCAUGCCUAUAACUUCCAUUAUGUGUAAAACCCUGUGUAAAAAAAGUUUUGUAUUAUGCAUUUAUGACAAUGUAUGUAUUGUAUUUAUGUCUAAUAUGUGUAUAUGUAUGAAAUGUCCUGUGUGCAAUAGCAUUGUGUGUCUAGUAGCAAGCUACCUGUGUUAAAUCGGUACAAUCCUAAACACUAAUAUUGGUACAUAAACGUUUUUUGUUCAUUACUUUUAUAUGAAAUAAAUUAGAUACAAAAUGCAAA